UUUCAUUAAAUUAAAUAUUUAUUUUUAUAUCUGAUAUUUCUCUCCUCUCUGUUCAUCAAUGGCGAUGAGGAAGCUUUUAUCGAAGCGUAUCUUCAACAUCUCGAACCAAUCGUCGCAGAGUCUAACGAAUUGCCGCACAUCUUCCUCGUCGGUAUCCGUGCGAACCAGAAUCGCCCCGGAGCCCGGAGACUCCGGGAUCUCGCGGCGGUUCUUCCACAACACCGCCGUGAUUAGGCCGGAGAUGAUGCAGAUGCCGGUGGGAGAGAGCUUGAUCGAGAAGCUCCGCGAAAUCGACGGUAGCAAGGAUCGAAUCCGAUUAGACGGGAUCGCUCCGCCGAUGAGGGAGACGGCGAGUUUGACGGUGGAGGAUACGAAGAAAGUUCUGAGAGCGGCGCAGAUGGAGAUGGUGAAGACGAAGCUUAGAGAGAGGGGGAGAAGCUGGAUGACGUAUUCGGAGUUUGCUAGCGUUUGCUGUGAAGCUUCGUCGGAUCCGGAGGACGGAGCUAGAAUAGCGACGAUGCUUGAUGAUUCAGCAAACGUCAUCGUUUUGGGAGGUUCCGUUUGUCUUAGACCAGAUCAGGUUACGAAAUCCAUUGAAGGCUUGCUUCCUUUGCCAAAGAUUCAUAACCCAAACGACCCACGAAGGAUCGAGUUGAAAGAGCUCGAGGCAGUUAAGGCAGUGAUCGAUGUGAAAGCGCACUCUUUGGUGCGGAGAGAGCUCUGGGCUGGUCUUGGUUACUUGAUACUACAGACCGCAGGGUUCAUGAGGCUAACGUUUUGGGAACUCUCGUGGGACGUGAUGGAGCCAAUCUGUUUCUAUGUCACGUCCAUGUACUUUAUGGCUGGGUACGCUUUCUUCCUCAGGACGUCGAAAGAGCCUUCUUUUGAAGGGUUUUACCAAAGCAGGUUCGAGGCUAAACAGAGGAAACUGAUGAGUCUUGAUGAGUUUGAUGUUGAGAGGUAUCAAGAACUGAAGAAGCUGUUUUGCCCUAAGUCUUCAGAUCGUGUUUCCAAGAUUCUUGGAACUGCCGGGAGUUAAAUUUUGAAUUUUGUAGAUUCAAUGUUGUUGUCACAAAUGGUGUCUGAUUUUUCCCAACUUGAAGAAUCCUACCAAGAUAAGGGAGAACAAAAAAAAGAUAAAGGUAGAUGAAGUUCUCAAGUUUUCAGUUUUCCAAAAAAAGAAAAAAUGUUUGCGGCUUUUGUAACAUCAGGGAAGAGUCAUGUUUCAAUGUUUUCAUUAUGAUCAAUCUUAUGUGUAAACAUCUUGUAAAUAAGUGUUCUUAAUGUAUACUAAAAAAAUGUAUUCAUAUUUCCACAAAUUAAAUUAAACUUAAUCCUAA